CUUAUGGUGACUCGACCACACUCCCUGGCUGGGUCACAGGAUGACCUGACAUCCUGUGUGCUGACCUCACUUGAUGACCCAUCUGGCAGCGUCCUUCCAAGUGUUUGGACAGCUUUCCUGUGUUUGGGAGAGGUCAAUGAGGACUGGCGAUUGGCUAAGGCAGCAAAAGCAUCGACCAAUCGGGUGCUCUCUGUCCUUCGGGAGGGAUGUAGGGGGGGCAGGGGGGUGUGCUCUAUGACCUGGUGCCUCCCCUCCUUUCUCUCCUCACCCCCAGUACUGGCAGAGGAGGAGGAGGAAAGGAAGAGGAGGAGCUGGAGGACAAGAAGUUCUAUAUUAAUUUCUGUCGUGCUUUGUCGACUGGAAUACUACGGUUUCCAGGUCGUGGUGGAGGGAGAGGGGCUGGAAUGGGGAUCCAGGCUCUGUUUAAAUGCCUGCAACUCAUUACUACUACUACUACUACUACUACUACUACUACUACUACUACUACUACUACUACUGCUGCUACUACUACUACUACUACUGCUGCUGCUACUACUGGGGAUUGUGGUAGUCUGUGGCAUACCUUACUUGAGUACCAGGUUGUGGGUCUGCUGGAGGCAUCUUUUACCUCCACUCCUCCACUAUCCUCCUCCACUCUCCACCCACAAGUAGCAAGAUUCCUCCGCCUUCUCUCCACACUGGAGGAAAGACAGAGAGGUGGAGGAAAGAUGAAAGAAGAGAGAGAAGAUGGAGAUGAUAAGAAGGAGAGAGGAGGAGGAAUGGAGGGAAAUAUCUCCUCCUCCUCUCUUCUCUCCAUUUUCUGGGAUAAGUUUUUGAGAAUGUGUGAGGAAAAAAUUUUGAUGGAGGGGAAGGAGGAGGAAGGAAUUGGAGAGAAGGAGAGAAUGGAGAGACUUUCACGUCUUUCCUCCUUCCUCCGCGUCCAGAGGUAUCCAGAUUCCUCCAUUGGAGAAAAAAAUGCCUCCGAUUUGCUGGAGAGAAAGAGGACGAGGAAGAGGAGAGACAGAAGAAGAAAGAGGAAGAGGAGAAUGAAUUGAAAGGAAGAAGAAUCAAUGAAGAGGAAAGGAAUGACAAAGAUAAACUGAAAGGAAGGAAAAUCAAUGAAGAAGACCAGAAGAAGGAAGAAGACAAGGAAGAGGGGGAGAGGAUAUUUAUAAACAUCACGAACACUGCCAUGGCACAGCUAGCCUAUAGAUGUCAGAAUAAACAAGACAAUCAUGGCAUUUAUAUUCUCCUCUCAUCUAUAGUGCAAUACUUCCCUUGUCCUGGUGUUUAUAAAUCUUUCCUUCAUCAAACAGAGCAAAUGGAGGGAACAGAGGAAAGGGAGGUAACAGCCAGGGAGGUAUUGGAGAGAAAAAUCAUGCCAAUCUUGAAAGAAAGAGAUGUUUCCUCUGAUAUUUCUCUCCAGUCAACAGUGGAGAUUUUUUCCUCCCUGUAUGGUCAUCUGGAGGAAACAGAGAGAAGGGAGGUACUUCUCUCCAUGAAGAGCCAGCACCCACAAACUCUGCUUCUGUUGGUUGAAAAAAUGACAAGUCUACAUCAGAAGGACAAGGCAGUGCAUGAUUGGCUGCUUUCACCCCAGCUGGGAAAUCAAGUGAUCUCAUUGGUUGAGAAGCUUUUUGAACCAGCCAAUGGGGAGAAAGGAUCUUGUUUGACCCCAGAAGAAGCAGAAGAGGUCAUGAAAUUGGUCAUGUUUAUGCUAAGAGGUCAUGGAAGGAGAGGUCCAGUGGUUGCAGUGGAAACCGUCUCAGAAAUCCUUAGAUACAUUGGGCGGAAAUUGAAGAAGAUUUGCAGCGGAUUGGACAGAGAUGGAGAGGAGAUGGUGGAGCUGGCAGGCUGUGUGGCAGAGAUUAACCCAAGACACGCAAGCUGGAAAUCAAAAGGUGCCACAGAAUUUCUGUUGGCAGUAUUUCAAGCCCUUUGUGAGUGCCAGGACAGUGCCAGGGCUGAGAUCUUGAGAGGCACUUACCUACGGGCCAUUCGAGCAAGUGCUGGGGGUGAAAGCAAUGCCGUAGAGGGUGUGAGAGUGCCAGACAGUGCCAAUCCUCUAACUGAGGCACUGAAGUGUAUAAGAGAGAAGGUCAUCAGUGGUUCCUGUACUUAUAAACUUACUUCGUUUCUUGCUAGCCUGACCCUUGACCUUCUUGUGUUAGGUCAGAGUGAUGGUGGUGGUGAUGGUGUUGAUAUGGGUGCCAGUGAUGGUAGGUCUAAAUCUGGCACUCCUAGCAAGAAUGAAGAAGAUUUUGGAGCUAAUACUGUGAAAAUUGGCACAUAUAUUGAAGCAGAUACUGAUGUUAGCAAGAAUGAGGAAGAUUUGAAUGCUGAUAGCUCAAAAACUGGCAAUGAAACUAGCAAUACUGAGAAUAUUAACACUGAUAAUAUUUCUGGCACUGUUAAUAGCAAUACUGAAGCUAAUGGCACUGAAACUUCAAAAACUGGCACUGAAACCAGCAGAAUUGAAGCUGUUGGUACUGAUAGCUCAAAAACUAGCUCUGAAACCAAAACUGGCAUUCAAGCAAGCAAAAAUGAGACUUUUGAUCCUAAGCCUUCAAAAAUUAACACUAAUCUAAGUGCCACUCCCCCUGACAUUCUCCCUAGCACUGUCCCAAUGCUGGCACUGGAUGCCACACACAUACAGACAUUACUAGAGCAUGUGAUGCCUGUUGAGGGCCAGUGGUCAGAGCUAGAGAGUGCCAUCAGCCCUCUGUAUGUGGCACCAUCUAUCUUCAAAGGUGCCAUGGCAUUCAGAGAGUUCCCCUUCCCUAAACUGAUGGCGCAAGGCACUACUUGGCACCAUGGACACCACAGGACAGCACUGUUUACCUGCCGUGUUCUGCUAGGCUUGUGUGAAGACGGUGAAGAGGGGGAUGUGUCCUUAGGAAAAUACACGCACUUGUUUGUACACAUUUUGCACUCUGCGUGUUCUGCAAGAGUAAUGCUGGGACACACGCUGGCUUUGGGCUGCAGGUCUAGCGUGAGUUCAGACAUACAGGAUGGUGUUAGAUCACUCUUGUCCGACUCACAGAGACUACUUGCCCGCCUCAAUCUGGGAAACAAGCGAUUGAUAUCCAAGCAGACCAGAGACAGAUGCAGUGAGGGCAGCAGUGCGUGGUGUGUGACCCUGACCCAGGUGCUGACUCAUUGGCUGGAGCCACAGGAGGUCAAUGCCACCAGACUUCUACAAGGACUUGACUCUGAUGCCCUGGGAUACACAGCCACCAAACAGGUCCUAUUGUCUCUCCUCCCUCAAUCUCAACUGCAAGAACUGAUGGAGGAGGAAAGCGCAUGUCUCUCUAGUUUGGCUGAGGAACCCUUUCUCCGCUCCUCCAUGCCUCUCCAUUCUUUCCUCCAUCCUCUCCCUCCUUCCCUCUGAUGCCCCGGGAGUUGCAGAGACGCUUUCCUCCGUUUUCUCCGUCUUCUUCCACUGGAGAGAAAAAGCAGAUGGGUGUUUUCCUGUUUGCUGAGGACCUGCAUGGCGUGGCAUGGGAGGACCUUGCUGUGACGUGUGCUGUGGUGCGCUGCGUUUCAGUGGCUGUGUCGCACCAUGCUGGCCAACUCACAGCAGCAGAGUGGGACCUGGUGCUGUGCUGCCUGUCCUCCUGGGUGCAGAGUCUUCAGGAGUCACUGCAGAGCAUACAAGAGGAGACAGUGGCAGGAACCUUCACUUAUUUUGUCUGCAGUUGUGUUAAGGCUGUUGCUGACCUCAUGAUGAACUUGGAGGGGCUACAGAGGUCCAGUGAUGGGGCUGGAGGGAACACUCAAGCCUUCUCCUCCACCUUGUCUUCCUGUCCGCCAAAGUUGUAUGAGGAUUGGUUGGAAUUUUUUGCCCCGCCUCUGUUCAAUUCACUGAUCAAUAUAUUUGUUGGGUUUGGCAGGUAAGUUGUGGUUGUUGUGGUAUGUCAUGGAUUGGUUUACUUAACACUCAUCACAAUGCAUUUUCAGAGUAGAACAUUCAAAGAAAGCAUAGUUUAUCUUUUGAUGAGGUAGAUUUACACACAGUAUACACAAUGAUUAUGACCUGACUAGCUAUGGCUAACACCUGUGGCAUGUGAGUGACACACAGGAAUGUCUGUCCCUUACAGACACCAUGACAUGUCCAACUAAGCUAACGCCUGUGGCAUGUGAACAGCAAGCACACAGGAAUUGUCUGUCCCCUACGGACACCACGAUGUGCCCAUUUGGGCAGUGAACAAGAGAGGACAGUUAUGUUUUGAGAGCACAGCAUUAUGCUACAUUCCAAGAGCGCUGAGGUAGUAAACUGCUGUAUUAUCCCAGCAUCUCUAAAAAGAUAUUGCCACUUUUUAUUGGCCUUCACCAUAGUUCUGGGGUGGUAUGUGUUUUCAUAGUUAUGUUUAGAAUGUAAUGUGAAGGAACAGAAGUAAAAAUAUGCCAAUUUAUUAAUAAAAGAUAAAACAUUAAGCCACUCAUAAGAGGUAGCCCUCACAGUACUGACUUCAUCACCCGGCCUCAAAAAAAAUGUUGCCACAUAUUAUUGGCUUUUAAUGUAGUUCUGAGGUGGGUAAGUACUCUCACAACUAUAUUUAGAAUAUAAUGUCAAGGACUGUCAGUAAAAGUAAGCCAAUUUCUUAAUAAAAUGUAAUACAUUAAACCACUUGAUCGUGAGCAGCAAACACUGACAAUCACAUGUAUGUUAUAGUGCUACACACACACACACACACACACACACACACACACACACACACACACACAGACACGCACACAAGAGAGAGAGAGAGAGAGAGAGAGAGAGAUUAUCUCAGGCUCUGGAAAUGCAACUCCACCCUAGCCGACCAGUUUAGAGAUGUCAGACCAUAGUAGUAGGUUAGGUUAUGUGAAAAGUUAUGAUAAUAAGGAAAA